AAUUUAAUCGAUGUCGGUCAGUGAAAAACUUGCUGCAAUUUUCCAAAAUAUUCAAAAUAAUUAAAUAGUUGAAAUUUUUCGAAGAUUUCCAUAGCGAUGAGUAGCUUAAUCCGCUUACCAUCAUUAUUGGCUAAAAAUACUGCGGCAUCUUUGAGAUGCUUGGCAGGUGUUCCUAGCCGUAAUCUUCACUUCACUGUCGGACAAAAUAACGCAAAAGCUAAUCCUGAUGCGAUUUCACGUGAAUAUCCCGUUGUCGACCAUACCUACGAUGCCGUGGUUGUAGGUGCUGGAGGUGCCGGUCUUCGUGCUGCCUUUGGUCUCGUCGAAAAGGGCUUUAAAACGGCUGUCAUUACAAAAUUAUUCCCCACACGGUCGCACACUGUAGCCGCUCAAGGUGGUAUCAAUGCUGCAUUGGGAAAUAUGGAAAACGAUGACUGGAAAUGGCACAUGUAUGACACCGUCAAGGGAUCCGAUUGGUUGGGAGAUCAAGAUGCCAUUCAUUACAUGACACGUGAGGCACCCAAGGCAGUUAUUGAACUCGAAAACUACGGAAUGCCGUUUUCACGUACGCCAGAGGGAAAAAUCUACCAACGUGCUUUCGGCGGACAAAGUUACAACUAUGGAAAAGGUGGACAAGCUCAUCGUUGCUGCUGUGUCGCUGAUCGUACGGGACAUUCUAUGUUGCACACGUUGUACGGACAAUCAUUGAGCUACGAUUGCAACUAUUUCAUUGAAUAUUUCGCAUUGGACUUGAUCAUGAACGAGGGUGAAUGUGUUGGUGUACUUGCAAUGAACUUGGAAGAUGGCAGCAUUCACAGAUUCCGCGCAAAGAGUACAAUCUUAGCGACUGGUGGAUACGGACGUGCCUAUUUCUCAUGUACCUCAGCUCACACAUGCACGGGAGACGGAACAGCAAUGGUUGCGCGUGCCGGACUACCAAAUCAAGAUUUGGAGUUUGUGCAAUUCCAUCCCACGGGAAUUUACGGCGCUGGAUGCCUCAUGACUGAAGGUUGUCGCGGCGAAGGUGGCUAUCUCAUCAACUCUCAGGGUGAACGCUUUAUGGAACGUUAUGCUCCAGUGGCCAAAGAUUUGGCAUCUCGUGAUGUUGUCUCACGUUCAAUGACUGUCGAAAUUCGCGAAGGUCGUGGAUGUGGACCUGAAAAGGAUCACGUUUACUUGCAAUUGCAUCACCUUCCUCCAGAGCAACUUCACCAACGUUUGCCAGGUAUCUCCGAGACUGCAAUGAUCUUUGCCGGUGUCGAUGUAACGCGCGAACCUAUCCCAGUAAUCCCCACGGUCCAUUACAAUAUGGGAGGCAUUCCCACAAACUACAAAGGCGAAGCACUUAAACUUGGCAAAGAUGGAAAAGAUCAAAUUGUACCUGGUUUGUAUGCAUGUGGCGAGGCAGCUUGCACAUCGGUUCAUGGUGCGAAUCGAUUGGGAGCAAACUCCUUGUUGGAUUUGGUUGUCUUUGGACGUGCUUGUGCUCACAACAUCGCAGCUAAACAUAAGCCCGGUGAGAAGAUUCCAGACUUGAAGUCAAACGCUGGCGAAGAGUCCGUUGCAAAUCUCGACAAAGUGAGAUAUGCCGAUGGUGCCAUUCCCACGGCAGAUCUUCGUUUGGAGAUGCAAAAAACUAUGCAAACGCACGCUGCUGUCUUCAGAGAUGCCGAGACAUUGCAACAAGGUGUCGCCAAAAUGGACAAAAUCUAUCAGAAAAUUAAGGAUGUAAAAGUAAGCGAUCGCUCCCUCAUUUGGAAUUCUGACCUUGUCGAGACAUUGGAAUUGCAAAACUUGUUGCUUUGCGCAAAUAUGACCAUUGUAGCCGCUGAAAACCGCAAAGAAUCACGUGGUGCUCAUGCUCGUGAAGACUUCAAAGAUCGAGUUGAUGAAUAUGAUUAUUCCAAACCAAUUAAAGAUCAACAAAAACGUCCAAUCACUGAGCAUUGGCGCAAGCACACUUUGAUCACCAUCAAUCCAGAUAACGGCAAAGUUUCACUCGACUACAGACCAGUUAUUGAUCAAACCUUGAGUGACGAGUGUGCCACCGUUCCACCAGCAAUUCGUUCAUAUUAAUUCUAUUUUUUCUUCAACGAACGACAAGAUCACGAAAUCAAAAGCACAUAUUCUUUUUUUUAUUGUAAGAUGAAAAAUAUCCAGUGAAGCUUUAUUAGGAAUCGUCUGGUACAAAACUCGUAGAUUUUUUUUUGGUCUCAUAAAAAUUUUAUUUUAUUUUAAAAUCAAAAUUGUGUUCAGUAUUUUUUGUGUUACAGGAAACCAGUAACUAGUUAAAUAAUCUCUAUUUUAUUAUUUUAUUUAUCAUUAUUUAUUGAAAUUGGAAGUAAAAAAAAUAUAUAAAAAACGCGACGCCAGAUGUUUCAAUUGUAAAUCCUUAUAAAUAUAAAUAAAGACUUCAAAGUUGUAAAAACAGCACUUUGUACGGUAAAAUUAAAUAAAGCCAAUUUGAAACAUA